AUGCCCAAAGACCAAGCUGCAUCGCAGCUGACCCUCUUCCGCGGCUGGGACGAGAAGGGCAGGCACGUCUGGUCGCCCUUUGUCAUUAAGCUUGAGGCGCGCCUGCGGUUCGCGGACCUCAAGUACACCACGGCCGUCGGCUCGCCUCGCACAGCGCCAAAGGGCAAGAUCCCGUACCUAGACGUCACGGACACGCAAGAUGGGGUGACGAGCCAGUUCAGCGACUCGUCGCUCAUCAUCGCCGAUCUGAUGGAUGCGGGGCUGCUGCCGGCGCUGAACGACGACCUCGAUGCCGUGCAGAGGUCGCAUGAUCUUGCAUUGCGGGCAAUGUUGGAGGAUAAGCUGUACUUUUAUCAUACAAGAGAGCGCUGGAUUGAAAACUACUACACGAUGCGCGACUACGCCCUCUGGUCGGCACCGUAUCCCGUCCGCGUUGUCGUAGGGCUCAUGGUGUACCGCAAGACAAACGCUAUGCUGCACGGUCAAGGAACGGGUCGCUUUUCUGCCGACGAGAUUGCCAAGUUCAAGCUCGGGAUAUGGACCAGCAUCAAUGACUUGCUCGUCGAGUCUAGAUCAGGAGGAAGCGCCGGGGCCGCAAACGAUCGGGAGCCAUUCUGGGCGUUGGGUGGUGAGAGGCCGACUGAGGCCGACUGCACCUUGUUCGGAUUUGUUGUCUCGGUGAUGACGAGUACAGCGUGUGACAAGCACAUCUUGCUAACACCUCAGGAUAGUGGGCCAGAGUCGCGCAGAAUAGUGCAGAGGUUCCCGGUCAUUCUGGAUUUUGCAAGCAGGAUACAGGACAAGUAUUUCCCAGACUAUGAGAAGUUUAUCUGA